AUGUCCAGCGGUCUGACGCAACGUCGGCGCAACAACGCCGGUGCCGACAGCGCCGACGAUCACCCAGAGGGCAGGACCUCCGAAACACGCAACCCGGCGCCCAGCGACUCGCGGAACGAUCGCCAGGGGGACAACGAUGUGGACGAUGACGGCUUUGACGACUAUGAUAAGGGCGGGAAGGGGUCCAACAAGCUGACGCUGUUAGAGGAGGUGCUGUUGAUGGGGUUAAAGGAUGCGCAAGGGUACCUGUCGUUUUGGAACGAUAAUAUAUCAUAUGUCCUCCGAGGAUGCAUCCUCAUGGAACUAUCGUUACGAAAUCGCGUCAAAACAGUCAUGGAAAUAAGAAAACGGCCAUAUGCAGAUCGGUUUUUAGAAGUUAUCGACGAGCGACCUACAGGGGAGGUGCUUCUGGACGAGACCCUGAAGCUGAUCAAGAUUGAUCAGCAGAGUAUCGCGAGUUGGAUUGAUCUUCUGAGUGGCGAAACAUGGAACCUGCUAAAGAUCAACUACCAACUCAAACAAGUACGCGAACGCAUCGCCAAAGGCCUAGUUGACAAAGGCGUCCUGCGAACCGAAAAGCGCAACUUCGUCCUCUUCGACAUGGCCACACACCCGGUAGCCGACCACUCCGUCAAAGAGGAGCUGAUCCGCCGGACGGUAGACUGCCUGCUCGGCCGCGGCCCUCAGCCCCCAGAUCGCAGGACGGUCGCGAUGGUCUGCGCGGCGUACGCGGCGAACGUGCUGGAGAACGCGCUGUUGCAUCUGAGCCAUGCGCAGAGGGAGUCGUGUUUUCAGAAGGUGGAUGAGAUGCUGCAGGAACAUGCUUCGUUGACGCAGAAGGCGAUUUCGGGUGGGACGACGGAGGUUAUGGCUGGGGUGUUCAGCGUCUACACAAAGAUGGACAACAUUCUUUAG